UGAACCGGGCGGCCGGGCCUCCUUUGCGGUCCGCUCAGGAGUUGGCAACUUCAGCAGACUCUUGAGUUGGCUAGAAGAAGAGAAGGAAAAGAUAGGAUACCUCUGAAGGCCUGCGAGCCAAACAGUGACAUGAGCAUCAGAAACCCUCAUGGUAUCACUAUGACAUCUGGGAAUUUUUCAGCAGAAAAUGGCUCCAAAAGUUAAAUGAAGCUGGAAAAUCACAUAGAUGCAGCAUUGAAGAUUCUCCAGAUGUUUGGGGAUAAUAUUCCAGAGAGAAAAUUGAUCCCUGUGGAUUAACUAACUAGUCAUAAUGAAGAAAAUUAGUCUUAAAACCUUCCGGAAAUCUUUUAACUUGAAUAAAAGUAAGGAAGACACUGAUUUCAUGGUAGUACAGCAACCGUCAAUAGCCAGUGAUUUUGGAAAAGAUGAUGCCUUGUUUGGUAGCUGCUAUGGAAAAGAUGUGGCUAGCUGUGAUAUCAACAGUGAAGAUGAAAAAGGUGGAAAAAACAGAUCAAAAAGUGAAAGCCUGAUGGGUACCUUGAAAAGGCGGCUUUCUUCUAAGCAGAAGCCAAAGGGCAAGGGCAGCACACCGUCUGGAAGCUGUGCUGAUGAGGACACCUUCUCUUCUUCCUCAGCACCCAUUGUGUUCAAAGAUGUCAGAGCGCAGAGGCCAAUCAGGUCUACUUCCCUCCGCAGUCAUCACUACAGCCCCACGCCCUGGCCUCUCCGGCCCACAAACUCUGAGGAGACUUGCAUCAGAAUGGAGGUGAGAGUCAAAGCCUUGGUUCAUUCUUCCAGCCCAAGUCCUGCAUUAAAUGGUGUUCGAAAGGAUUUUCAUGACCUUCAGUCUGAAACUGUAUGCCAAGAGCAAAAUAAUUCUCUUAAGAGUUCUGAUUCUCCUAAUGGAGACUUGCAUCUCCACCUGGAUGAACAUGUGCCUGUAGUUAUUGGACUUAUGCCUCAGGACUACAUUCAGUAUACUGUGCCUUUAGACGAGGGGAUGUAUCCUUUGGAAGGAUCACGUAGCUAUUGUCUGGACAGUUCUUCACCCAUGGAAGUCUCUACACUUACUCCUCAAGUGGGAGGUAGCUCUUUUGCUGAAGAUGAGAAUCAGGUAGACCAGGACCUAGUUGUUGCCCCAGAGAUCUUUGUGGAUCAGUCUGUGAAUGGUUUGUUGAUUGGCACCACAGGGGUCGUGUUGCAGAGCCCCAGAGCAAGUCAUGAUGAUGUCCCUCCACUUUCACCUUUGCUACCUCCAAUCCAGAAUAAUCAAAUCCAAAGGAACUUCAGUGGACUCACUGGCACAGAUGCCCAUGUGGCUGAAAGUGUGCGUUGUCAUUUGAAUUUUGAUCCUAACUCUGCUCCUGGGGUUGCAAGAGUGUACGACUCUGUGCAAAGUAGUGGUCCCAUGGUUGUGACAAGCCUUACAGAGGAGCUGAAGAAACUUGCAAAACAAGGAUGGUACUGGGGACCAAUCACACGCUGGGAGGCAGAAGGGAAGCUAGCAAACGUGCCAGAUGGUUCUUUUCUUGUUCGGGAUAGUUCUGAUGACCGUUAUCUUUUAAGCUUAAGCUUUCGUUCCCAUGGUAAGACACUUCACACUAGAAUUGAGCACUCAAAUGGUAGGUUUAGCUUUUAUGAACAGCCAGACGUGGAGGGACAUACAUCAAUAGUGGAUCUAAUUGAGCAUUCAAUCAGGGACUCUGAAAAUGGAGCUUUUUGUUAUUCAAGGUCUCGGUUGCCUGGAUCUGCAACUUACCCUGUCAGACUGACCAAUCCAGUGUCUCGGUUCAUGCAGGUGCGUUCUUUGCAGUACCUGUGUCGUUUUGUUAUACGUCAGUAUACCAGAAUAGACUUGAUUCAGAAACUGCCUUUGCCAAACAAAAUGAAGGAUUAUUUACAGGAGAAGCACUACUGAAAGGUCGAGAACCCUGCAUCUUGCACUUUGGGGAAAAAUAAAAGAGAUUGAAAUACAGUUUACAAACUUUCAUUGCCAUCAGAAUACUUUGCUGCCAUAACUAUUUUAGUUUUGUGUGUAACAGAGUCACCAAUUAGGGGUGGGGAAGUGUCUGCGAGGUGUCUUGGGUUUAUUUUGGUUCUUUCAAAAGGGAUGUCUUGGGGUUCUAGAAGUGUGAAUUACCUUUCAUUAAUGUGCAGAAUAAUCAUAAUGUGAAUUAUCAGAUUCUUAAUGCCCCCCAAGUCCUUUGCUGCUAUCCACUGUGAUUUUUAUGCAUUAAAAGCACAUUUCAUGUGUAUUUAACCCUAAGUGAAGUUGAAUGAAGCUUAUAGAAUGAAAAUUGCUUUGUCUUUUUAAAUGACCCAUUUUGAGAAGAUAAUGUUGAAUAAAUGUGUAAUAAAUGGAAUUUACAUGUACACUGAAAAAGUUUUUUAAUCUCAUACUUUAAAAUGAUUUAUUUAGAUUUAUGAAUUGACAUAAUCUUGAUUAAUGGAAUACAGAUCUGCAGCUUAUCUUUCACAACACUUCUAAAUUAUUUUUAAGGUAGUGCUGUUUUUUUGAUCAUGAAAACCUGAAUUUUUCUGUUGCCUUCAUCUUGUGGUUUGUGUAUUUAAAUAAAUGGCCUUACAUUAAAUUGUAAAGAAAUAUAAACCACCAAUUUAGAAAUUGUUGCCUUUUCUGUCAUUAAAGUCGGGUACAAAUUGGCAUAAAGACCUAUGGAACUAGAACUAUCACGGUAGAAAUAGGUGAUGAUCAUAGUUUCCUGGGAUAGGGCUUUUGUGUUACGUAUACUUUCUUUUGGUUAAAUAUUUUAUCUGCAAUUUCUUUAGUCAGCAUUUUUUGGAGGGUGAACUUGAUUGUACAGCCAGGUUUUAUAAAUGGACAGGAUUAUUUUAUAACAUUGAAGUUUUAAGUCAUUUGGAUAUAAAAAAUAGAUUGUUUUAAAGUUGGAUUUAAUUUUCUUAUAUAGUUGUUAUUAAAUUGUGCUAGAUUUGUCCACUUCACAGUAAAAACAACCCUUAAUGACUUUGGCUGAAAAACUUUGGAAAUUGCAGAGCAUCAUGACAGAAAAAUAUAAACCCAUAUCGGAUAUAUGUAAGUUUUGUUUCCUGCCAGAUACACUGCUGUUUAAGAAUAGGACUUUUCUCUUUAAAGUUAACUACAUUUUAAGUAAUUUGGCAUCUCUCUGGUUUUUCAUCUCCUUGAUUCAGUCAGUGGGUUGUUAUACCUAAUAAUUUUUAAAUGCAGAACAUUCACUUACUUCACAGUUCUGUGUACUAUCUUAGGAUUGUUCUG